AUGAAUGUUCAAGCAGUCGAAUCGACAAAGGGUCGAUCUCUUUAUCGAGCGAAUGGAUUCCUCUAUGAGCUCGAGGAGAAAAUCCUCGAGAAGCUGUACUGUCGAUGCGUUCAGAAAAGAUGGCGAAAUUGUGGCGCCAGGAGCAUUCUCUGCAAGGCACCGGAGCCCACCAUAGUCAGACUCUCAGGCGCGCACAAUCACGAACCGGACGACGAGAAAUUCUUGAGACUGUCAGCGGUAGCGAAAAUGAAAAAAGUCGUCGUUGAUCAGCCAGAUCGAGGAGUGAAGGAGGUCUACGCAGAAUCUCUAAUCUCGGUGGUAUCGGAGUUGCGAGAUGACUUCAACGAUGAGGAAAUCGGACUUUCUGUGCCGAUUUUCGCAUCCGUGCGUCGCAAGCGUGGCUCUAUAAGGCCACGUCUCCCGAUGAGCAGGAGCGACAUCGAACUCGACGACGUUUGGACGAAGACUCUCGAUGGCGAACCCUUCCUGCUCAUUGACGACGGCGGGGAAGAUCGAAUUCUUGGUUUCUCAACUAGAGAGAUGAUUUUCGCUCUGUGUGAAGCGGAAACUGUCUUCAUGGAUGGCACUUUUCGAGUAGUUCCUGAACUGUUCCUACAACUCUAUAGCUUACACGCUUUCUACAGAGGCCAGAUGGUUCCUCUGGCCUUUUUCUUGCUACCGGACAAACGGAAGGACACCUAUCGGCGCAUGUUCGUGCUAUUGAAGAAUUACGCCGCGUCGAUUGGCAGAUCCUUCGAUCCCAGGAGCUUCCGAUUGGACUUCGAAACAGCCGUUGUCCGAGUGAUCGACGAAAUGUUUCCCUCAGCCGAGGCGAAGGGCUGCCUAUUCCAUUUUGGUCAGGCAUUGUGGAGAAAAGCUCAAGCUCUGGGGUUGAGUUGCUUCAAUGAGGAUGCCGAGGUUAAACGCUUCCUGCGAUGUGUGAAGGCAAUGGCUCUCGUACCUGUGAUCCAUCUUGAUGACGUCUGGCUCGAAAUCAACGCACAAUCUCCAGAAAUAACUCAUCCCGCGUAUCCGGCCGUGGAGCGCUUCAAAGAGUAUUUCAUCCAUACUUGGCUACAGAAUGAGACAAUCUUCCCGCGCUCGCUUUGGAACCACUAUCGAAAUUUCGGAGCACGCACAACCAAUCAUUUAGAGGCCUGGCACAGAGGUUUGAAUGCGCUCAUCCGAAAAAUGCAUGUUAAUGUUUUCCAAAUGGUCAAGCGACUCCAGCAUCAAGAACGAAAGUAUAAGAUUCUCAUGCUACAACUAAGGAUGGGCCAAGCACCUUCCCCGCCUACCAAAAAGUAUCAAAACCUGCAUGAAAACCUGAUGAAAUUCGUCGACCAGAAUGAAUCAAGCGAAAUUUCCCUGAUGCAGUAUGUGACCGCAGUGGCUUUCAACUUGCACGCUGAUUCUCCAACGAGCAGUGGCUCUUGA